AGUCAGUACUAUGGAAGAAGACAUCAAGACCAAAAUCAAGAAUUAUAAGACCGUCCCUUUUGACGGCCUUUUCCCCAACCAGAACCAGACAAGGAACUGCUGGAAGAACUACCUGGACUUCCACUGCCGUGAGAAGGCAAUGACUGCUAAAGGGGGUGACAUCUCUGUGUGUGAAUGGUACUGGCGUGUGCACAAGUCCCUCUGUCCCAUAUCCUGGAUUUCAACCUGGGAUGACCACGGGGCAGAAGACACGUUACCUGGGGAAGAUCUGAACUGGCUUCACCCACCUCUCCUCUGACCUCCAUCGUUGUCUCAGGUGGCAAAAUGGGACCUGGAUACAUGGUGAUCCACCCACGUACCACCCUGGGACCUUGAAUCAUGACUUAAAUAAAAGUUCAUUUGGGGGAAAAAAAAACACUAUCA